AUGAAUGAAGAAAAUCGAUUAAUUAUUCUCUUGUAUGAUCAAGCAGCUGUUCAUUCACAUUUACAACCAAUGGAUGCAGGUAUAAUUUGUUCUUUUAAAGCACAGUAUCAAAAACUUGUAAAAUUUAAAAUAGAUCAAUUUAAUUUAACAUAUAACACAAAUGAAAUACCGGAAGAAAUUAAUAUUAAACAUGCUAUAGAUUGGAUUGCAGAAGCAUGGAAUAAUAUUAGUUGUUAUACUAUUUUAAAUUGUUGGAAAAAAACUGAUAUUGUGGAAUCUUCACAAUUUUUAGAACUUGAUAAUCCAGAAACACCUUCUUCCAGUAGUACUAUUACUGGAGAAUUAAUUCCACAACAAAAAUAUGAUACUCGAGAAAUUCAAAAUCUGAUUAAUAAAUUACUCUAUAAUUAUAAAGAUAUUAUUGAUACAAAUGAUUAUAUUGAAAUUAAUGAUUCACUUCAAAUUCAAGAUAUCAAUAUAACAAAUGAAGAUAUUAUAGAUUUAAUUCAAAAUGAACCAGAUGAAAAAAUUAAACCAAGAUUAGCUAUUCAAAGUAUUAAUAAUGUUUUAAACUUUAUUGAACAAGAAUCAGAAUUGGAAUUAGAUAAUAGUCAAAUGGAACUUCUUAAUUUCAUUCAACAAAAAUUUUUACAAUAUUUCGUCCCAUUGUUAUUACAAAAAAUUCCUACGCAAUGUCGAAUUUGUCAAGUGAAACGUAAAGUUUAUGCAUUUGAAGUUAAGAAUGGAAGGUGUACCAGGUGCACUAGACAUUAUAAACGGUUUAAAUUAGAAUGGCCGAUUCGUAAAAUGAUCACUAAAAAGAAGAGAGAUAAGGCAAAUUAUGUGGUGAAAACACAACAGUAUUUUAGGUAUACUGAAGAAGGCAGUAUUCAAUGUACCGCGUACGCUUAUGAAUUUCGAAAUGGAAUCAUUCGUUGGGAUGUUCACACCGGUUAUAUUCAUAUGAAUCCUAUAAAACGUAUCUCCGGACAUCCAACUAUGCGUUUGGAAAAACUUAAAUGUUUUCAUUCUAAUUGGAAAAAAGAAAAAAUCGUAAUUCUUGGAGGAAAUAUUGAAUAUCAAGGGACUUGGUAUCCAUUCGAUCAAGGAAAAGCAAUGAUUAAAGAAUUAAUCGGAUUAAAUGAUCCAGGUCUUUAUACUAUAUUCGGUCCUGAAGUUAUUGAUUUAUCUGCAAUAAAAGAAAACACUCAUAAUACUGAAUUAUUAUCAUUCUCUUAUUCAAUGGCUUUAAUUUGUUAG